AACGCUAGCCUAGCUAUUUCCGAAAGAACAAGCUUGUGUAGAGUUAUUAUUGUGCGCGUGCAUUUGAAAUAGCAAGCGCAUAUGCUAGCUAGCCUGCUAUAGUUACUUGAUUGACAACUGAUUCUCAGGACACGAGAUGUGCAAUUUCGCAAUGCCUAUGUACAACCUGACUACACACCCUUCAGAAAGUAUUCAUACCCCUUGAUUUAUUCCAUAUUUGAUGUUACAGCCUGAAUAAAACAUUUUAUUCAAUAGAUUUCCCCUCAUCCAUCUGGACACAAUACCCAAUAGUGGCAAAGUGAAAACAUGUUUUUAGAAUUUAAAAAAAAUCUAUUGAACAUGAAAUACAGAAAUAUCUAAUUUACAUAAGUAUUCACACCCCUGAUUCAAUACUUUGUAGAGGCAAAUUAGGCAACGAUUACAUCUGUGAGGUUUCAUGGGUAAAUCUUACAUUUUCCACACCUGGAUUGUGCAUAAUUUGUCCAUAAUUUGUCCAAAUUGGUUGUUGAUCAUUGCUAGACAACCAUUUUCAGGUCUUGACAUAGAUUUUCAAGUAGAUUUAAGUCAAAACUAAUUUGGCCACUCAGAUACAUUCACUGUCUUGGUAAGCAACUUCAGUGUAGAUUUGGCCUUGUGUUUUAGGUUAUUGUCCUGCUGAAAGGUGAAUUAAUCUCCCAUUGUCUGGUGGUCAAGUCCGCUUUCCAGGUUUUCCUCUAGGAUGUCUGUUGCCUGUACUUCACUUCAUUCUGUUUAUUUUUUAACAUGAAAAACUCAUCAGUCCUUAACGUUUACAAUCAUACCCAUAACAUAACGCAGCCUUCAAGAUGCCAGAAAACAGUACUUUGGGGAGUGGUACUCAGUAAUUUGUUGUAUUGCAUUUGCCCUAUAUCAUAACACUGUAUUCAGGACACAAAAAAAAAGAGUAUUGCCACAUUUUUUUGUAGUAUUACUUUAGUGCCUUGCUGCAAACAGGAUGCAUGUUUUGGAAUAUUUGUUAUUCUGUACAAGCUUCCUUCUUUUCCCUCUGUUAAAUAAGUCAGUAUUGUUUAGUAACUUCAAUGUUGUUGAGCCAUCCUCAGUUUUCUCCUAUCACAGCUAUUAAACUCUGUAACUGUUUGGCCUCAUGGUGAAACCCCUGAGUGUUUUCUCUCCUCUCCGGCAACUGCCUGUGUCUUUGUAGUGUAAAGUGUAUUGAAUGGGAUAUUGAAUGUCUGCUUUUUCCCCCUACCCAUCUACCAAUAGAUGUGAGGCAUUGGUAAACCUCCUUUGUCUUUGUGGUUGAAUCUGUAUUUGAAAUUCACAGGUCAACUGGGGGACCUUACAACUAUCUGUAUGUGUGUGGUACAGAGAUGAGGUAGUCAUCUCAUGCUUUUACUCCUGAACUUAUUUAGGCUUUCCAUAAUAAAGUGGUUGAAUACUUAUUGACUCAAGACAUUUCAGCUUUUCAUUUUUAAUACAUUUGUAAAAAUGUCUAACAUCAUUUGACUUUGACAUUAUGGGGUAUUGUGUGUGUGUGUGUAGGCCAGUGACAAAAAUCUACAUUUAAUCCAAUUUAAAUUCAGACUAACACAAUCAAAUUUGUAGGAAGUCAAGGGGUCUGAAUACUUUCUGAUGGCACUUUAGCUUGCUUUUCAGACAAUAUGCUGAACAAUAGACAAUUCAGUUGUCACAUUACUUUUUUUUUUUUGUGGCACUUGGUUAUCCCUAGCCAAGUAAAACUCAACUCCACUAUGUUGAUGUGAAGUACAUUGUAGAGUUGUGUUUUACUUGGCUAGGUUAUCCCUUAGCAGCAAGUGGCUAGCUAGUCUACAUUUUCAUCUUAUAUUGGGUUAGUGCUAGUCUAGCUGCUGGUAAGUGAAGGGUUAAGUGACAGAUGCCUUAAUAAUACCGACCCAUUCCACAGAUCUCUUCUUCAUUUCAAGUUUCCCAACUUCAGGUUUACAGUGUCAAAUGUUCUUACAACCUGCAACAGCAUUCUGUGCUGCGUGGUUAUUUAUUGCAUAAACUCUUCUUAUUUCUUAGUUGUACAUCCAUUGAAGUCAUAUUAUUACAGCUAACCAUACACAUGAUUUGUCUGAAACAGUUAGACAAUCUAGUAAAACACCUUGCCUAAAUGGUGACAUUACAUCUAUGUAUUUGGCAACUUUUGCAAAUUCUCUGAGCAACAGUUGACUGUACAAAUUGUUAUGGAUGGGGAUACAUUGUGUCUCCCUUCCAGCCAUGACUCUGAGCAUGUCUCCGGCUGCGGUUUGCCAGUGCUUUACUUUGGUGUCCCUGUGCACGUCCAUUGCUGACCCCAACUGGAUCCAGGUCAGGAACAGUACUGACCCCGGAGGAAAACAAAUCAUCUAUGGAGUGGCCUUCACACUGCACGCUGCCCAGAACAUCACUGACACAGGUCCCCUGGGUGGUGUUAACGGCUGGGGGAUGUGGCUGCUCUAUGCCCUGGCGGCUCUGUGCUACACUGCUGUCCUGCUCUCCAGCUCCUCCUUCUUAUUGGACUUCUUGGGGACUGGGAUGUCCCACCCUCGACUGGUGGUGUCACUCCACAUCUCCACUGUUGUUUUCCUAAUGUCCGUGCUGGGAGUGUGUGGGGCUUGCCUGUACGUCAUCAGCGGCAACCUUCAGGAGGGCAAAUUUGGGCUACUGUGGGACUGGGUAGGGGGCUGGACCUGGCCCGGGUCUGGGUCUUGGUCUCCUAGGCCUGGCACCAGAAGCCAAGCAGGGGCAGUGGGGAUGCAGGCUUACCCAGGGGAGAGCUUCUACAUUGCUAUUCUGGGCCUACUUUUUUCCUGCCUGGCUUCCGUGAUCAGCCUGAGUUGCCCGGGGGACCCCACCUCUACCCAGAGUGACUACACAGCCGUGGUGGAAGGGGACGACAGUGACACAGAGCCCCUCACCCCCAGGGAGCAGGGAGUAGGCCAGUCUGACGGAGACAACAGGGGGGAGGAGUGGGCAGGAGAGGUGGUCCCUGAACUGAAUCAGGUGGAGGUGGAUGGAGGUGGAGACUGCUAAAGGGGAUUCUGUUUAUGUGUAGCCCAAAAGGUGAGCUGUGGUUUGGUUUCUACUAGAAUGCGAACCAGGAUCACACAUUGCCUGUAACAGACUAUAUUAGACAGCAGUGCUGGCCCCUUCCCUGGUCAUGUUUUGGUUCCUUUUAAUGCUUCACUUGACCAAGAUAGUAGAAUCCUGUCAGGAGCCAAAAAAGAGAUCCGAUACGUUUUCUAAUGUUCUCUUAAUGUUUGUCUGCCUAAACUUCCUUCUCGGGUCAGUGUGUAUACAGUUGCACAAUAUACAUUUUAAAAAGAAUAACAUCUUUCCCUUGUGGGAGUUUAGGCCCAGAGUCUCCAACUUCACUUGACCAAGGUCAAUAGUUAUUUUGCUUGCUGUGAUUGAAAAAGUGUGCCACAUGUUUAAGCUAUUUCUGUCUGUGUGACCAGGGCAAGUGCGUUAUACAAAUUAUAUGCUCUUUUCAAUAUAGUUGAACACGUGGCGUCACAAGCGUUGACCCUGUUCCCAUUACUGAAAAAUAACCACUGGGGUGUGUUCAGGAUCAGCGAAUGGUUUCAAACAGUUCAAAACCAGAAAAUAUGUUCAAUUGAGCAUAAGUUGAAAUAUAGCCCAUGUUUGUACAAUCACCUAUUCUCUUCUAGUUAUAAAAAUCCCUACAGGAAGGUUUUUUAAAAUGAUUUUUGCAGGUUGUUUUCUAACCUAUGCAUUAUCUUAACUUCUUAAACCCGUUGCACAGUCUUUCAUAGUGACACUUGAAGUUUCCCAAAUGGAGGACAGAAAUCCAAUAGAUUAUUCAUAGAUUUACCUGAAGUGUACUGAAACUAGAGUUUCCUUUGAGAAGUUAAAUUUAAAAAGCCAGUUUGGCUAUUAUUGCCACUAGCUUUUAUCACUUUUAAUUGAUGCACUAUUUAUUAAUGCAUGGAUGUUUACUACUAUAGGAAGAAUUGAGGGGGAUAUGACAGCUUUCCUUUCCACAACAGGUAGUGUAAAUACAUGGCUCUUGCCUUUUAUAUGACUUGAUAUACUAAUGAUAUUAAAAUAUGAUGUAUUGAAUAUUUUAUGUAUUCGAAUGUUUCUGAUUUCAUAAAAUGUUGACACUGCUAUUGGUUACUAGAUAAUACAUAUCACUGUGAAAAUAUAUUCCAGUUUGGCAUCUUUAGAUGGUUACAUUACAGCACAAACCACUCUAUAAAGCAGGGUUAUCCUGCUUAAAGGCAAUCAAAAAAACAAGCUCCUUGAUGGUGUUUGGAUGCAGAUGAUGGUAGGACCAUGGAUAUUGGCUUAAUUAAUUAAGAUAGCUAAGAGCCUGCCUAGAAUCAGGUUUUCCUUACCCACUUGUUUCCUGGACACAGAUUAAGCCUAAUCCUGGAUUGGGAAACAUGUUCAAUCGAGAUUCUCUUUUUAUUUCAAGACCAGGCUUAAUCUGUGUCCGGGAAACUAUCCCUCAAUCUCUUCCUCAGGUACAUAGGAAGACAUUCCUUCUCUUAUUCCAGGGUCACAGUCCCAUCUCUAUGAAUCAGACUGUUCAUUGUGAUUGUUUGUUAUGUUAUUUAUUCAUUAAACUGUUUAAGUGA